AUGCUUGCCCGCCCGCCUGCCCGCUCACCGCCGCCGAGACGGGCCGGGAGCCGGGGAGCGCGGACCGGGCGCCCCGGCCAGGCCGAGCUCCCCGCUGGCCCCUCGCCGAAGUUUGACUUCAGCGCUAAGAGGAGUGGCCCGAGCGAGACCAGACUGAGCGGACCGCGGGGAGCGCAGCGGCUCCACCAGGGGACGGCGCCGGCCGGGAGAGGCGGCCCGGGAACCCCGACUAUCGGCCGAGGUACCCACCUGGCCUUGGUACCGCGCUCGGCGCCCAGGCCGCUGCGUCGGGCUGCAGUGCACCGCUCCCGGACCGUCUGUGUCUUCGGACUCCUGGAUCCCCACGGAGGCGCGGCUCGCCCUGGAGCAGGAGGGCUGAUGCGUCCCCGGGACAGGCGGUGGCUGCCCCCGCCAGCCUCUGCGGGGCAACCCGGCCCCUCCGGGAGCGGGGCAGCGGCGCGGAGCGGGGAGGGGGCGGAGGGCACGGGAGGCGGGUCCCCUGACCCCGCUAGAGGCGAGAGGGCGGAUCGGAUUUGGAGCCUACGGGAGGCUUGGUCAGAAGUGGCCCCCUGUGCCGCGGGGCCCCGCGCAGGGGCCCGGCUUUGUGGAGGAUUAGAGGCUCCCGCCCCACCCCAGUACCUGCGUGUGUGUUGGUGAGUAUCUAUGUGUGCCUGUGCGUGUCGAUGCUCCCGCCUCUGAGGUUCUUGCGUGCCUGUGCACCCGUGUCUCUGUGCACAAACAAUAUUUCUGUGUCUCUGCGACUAUCUGGGCUCCGAGCAGAGCAGCGUCUGAAUCUGUGUCGAUUCCCCUGCAGGCAUAUAUGUCUGGGUGCGAAUCUGCAGGUCCUGCCAUGCCUCUGGAUCUUCUGUGCUUUUGUAGGUCUUUGUGUGUACCCCUGUGUCUGUGUCAUUCUAUGCGGGGGCACAGGUCUUUGUGUGCCUCUCAGUCUCUGUGGCUGGAAUCUUUUUCUGCUUAUGCGCGUCUUCGUGUCACCUUUGUGUAUCUGUGUGUAUUUCUGAAUGAUUCUGUGUGCUCGCAUGUCGUUCGGAGUUUUUGGGUUUGUGUGUGUGGCUUUGUGUCUGCAUGUAUUUCUCGUGUCUUUGUUGUGUCUGUAUCUAGGACGGUGGAUGAGUGGAAAUGGAGUUUCUCUCAGACGCCCUUUGUCCCCUGGCCUUGCGCAGCCUGGAAACCCCAGGCCGUGAGUUCCCGAGGUAGGACCUGGGCCUGGGCCGCCUUGUCCGGGCAUCUGGGGCGGGGGCGCGGCAGUUGCCGGGAGAAGCCGAGCGGGUAAGGUUCAGGCGUGCAGAGCCGGGAGGCGCUGAGCCGGCGCGGGGCUGGCAGACCCACCGGGUGCAUUCUGCCCUCUGCUGGCAUCGCUGCGCCUCUGCACCAGCUUCUGUAGGCGAGAGGGUCCUGGUUCCAGGCCCAGACUCUCGCCUUCUUCCGAGCGCAGUAGGGAAUCCUCUCCUGUCAUUGCUCUGCAGACUCGUCUAGGACCCCAAACUUUCGGUGCAGCGUUCCGUUCUCCUCCUCUGUCUCCCACUCCCUACUUCCCUGUGCCGGGCCUCUUCCUCUCCACAUUUAUCCCUUUGGCUGAACGGGGCCCCUGUAGCCUGGCCUCCGAGGCUUCUCUGUCCCCGCGCUGGCGUCCAGAGCCAAGCAAGGGCCACCGACUGUGCCCAGGGUCGUGUUUCCAGGGCCGCAGAGAAGCUUGGCACAUCGCCCCGGU